AUGGCUUCUGAACUCUUUGUAUUUGAUGCUUCUUUCUAUUCUGAUCCUUUCUCUCCUUUCUCUGCCUCAACCAUUGAUGUCCUUCAAACAAUUGACAACAACAACAACACAACCCUGCAAAACCCAGUUGAUUUAACCAAUUGUUUUAACCAAAUUACCCUUGAUUUCCUCUCUUCUUCUCCCCCAACUCGCCAAGUGGAAAAUCUCACUCUCUGCCAAGCAACCCAUUUGAAAAUUGCUUCAAAUUCUGCAAAUCCAUUCACAGAGUCCUCUGCUUUGGAGGUCAAAGCAGAGGAAUGUCAAUUGGGUUUUCAACCCUCUUAUAAUCAUCAGUCCUUUGAGCCUCAAAGUUAUGGUGGUCCUGAGAAUGCAGUAAAGAUGAUGCAGAGAAGCUUCAGUAGCAACUAUGUUGAUGGAAAACCUGAGUUUUUGUAUCAAUCUGGCUUUGAUAAUUUCAUAAACUCUCCAAUUUUUCAACCUCAAGUCUUGAGCUCACCUAAAAACAGCUGUGCCACUGGACAAAUAAGAAACGCUUGCAGCACAGGAGAUUUACAAAAGAUGAAAACAAACCACAGGUUGUCAUUGAGUCCUUUAGCUGCAGAAAGCUCAAUCAUGGUGGGAGAAAUUUUCAAAGCGCGACGAUACAGUGCAAAAGAGAGGAAAGAGAGGAUUCACAAAUACAGAGCAAAGCGUACCCAUAGAAAUUUCAACAAGACAAUUAAGUAUGCAUGCCGGAAAACACUAGCAGACAGUCGAAUUAGGAUUCGUGGCAGAUUUGCACGAAACGAUGAAAUUGGAGAGGUUUCCAAAGCUGCAAAUAUGAAUCAAUGUGAAGAAGAAGAUGAUCUCUGGCACCUCUUAUUGGAUUAUUUUGAGAGUGUUGCUUUGUACUGUCGGAAAAGUCUAGGGAUGCUUUGUGGACAGUCAAGGCCUGGCAACCACAGUUACUCUGCGUUUUUACUUCAGAGUGGAUUCAAUACUAUUUGA